AUGGAUCUAUAUAGUGAAAAUUCACGGAGUAAACUUAUUGAUAAGGAGGAAUUUUCUUUACUGUUUGAUGCGUGUGUAGAAAAUAAAGUUACUACAAUUGAUUUUUUAAUUUUAUCACCGAAUGAAUUAUCCAAGAAAUUGAAAAGAUCUAUUAAUGAAAUUGUUUUAUUUCAAAAUGAAUUAAUAAAAGAAUUCGAUUCAAUAAAUGAUCACUUUAUUCAAUUAAUUAAAACAAAAAAUGAAGUGUCAAUUGAAAAUGAUAAGUUAGCUCAGGAUACUCUCAUUAAUUAUCCAAAUAUUUCGAAGCAACCUGAUAUACGCUCAAAUAUUUUGACUAAUUCUCGACAAUCUUUGAAAAGUAAUCAACAUUACAAUGAUAUACAGCAUUUUACAACAGGUGAUCCAAAAAUUGAUCAACUUUUAAACGGAGGAAUAUAUACUCAUGAAAUAACUGAAGUAUUUGGUGAAAGUUCAUCUGGUAAAACUCAAUUUUUAUUACAAUUAUCAUUGAAUGUUCAAUUGGGCAUAGAGAAGGGGGGGUUGGAUGGCUCAUGUGUUUUUAUAACCACUGAAGGAGAUUUACCAACACGAAGGUUGGAAGAUUUAAUUGUAGAAAACAAAAAAUAUAAGAGCUACCAGUUUGAAAAAAACGAUUUUUUAUAUUAUUCGCAAGAGAAAAUAUAUACUGUCUCAUGUAACGAUUUAAUUUCGCAAGAUCAUAUAUUAAAUGUCCAAUUACCAAUUUUAUUGGAGAGAAACCCAAACAUUAAAUUGGUUAUCAUUGAUUCAAUAUCACAUCAUAUGAGAGUCGAACUACAAAUACCAAGGAAAAGAUACAAUAACUUGAAUACAAAAACUCAUCCUAAAUCUAACUUCGAUGAUAUGUAUAGACAAAUUCAGGAUAAUAAAAAAUAUAUAGAUAAUUCGGCUGAAAACUUAUUAAAAUUGAGUCAUAAAUAUGGCAUUUCUAUUGUAUUAUCUAAUCAAGUCUCUGAUAAGCCAUUAAAGUUUUAUAAUAAUAAUUAUUGUCCAAAAAUUUGGGAUUAUGAAUAUCAACUAGGUUGGCUAGUUGGAUGGAAUAAGCGAAGUAUUAAAGCUAGGCAGUGUAGAAAUAAUAGGAAUAAUAGCUAUACAUUAAAAGUAGAAACUCAGGUGCCAAAUCUGGGUUUGACAUGGUCAAAUCAUGUUUCAACACGAAUAUUAUUGAGUAAAUCCUAUAAAGCGAUACCGUUAGUAAAGGAUUCUAAUCAAUAUAGAAACACUGAUGCGAGUGAAAAUUCAGAGGGUAAUAAAACAUUUUGGCAAAUACGACGAAAUUUCAAAGUUAUAUAUUCGAGACAUUGUAAAAAUGAUGAUAUAAAUUUUGUAAUUACUCGUAGAGGUGUAAAUUCAGUCUUCGAUUGA